AUGCUACGUCCACUGGGCCUGCUCGCAGGUAUGCUGCUCGCAGGUCUGCCGGCAAGAUGUGAGGAUCUGCCGUCGCUGCUUUGGAUGGCGCCGAUUCUGAAUGCCGGAGGCUUCUCAAGCGAGGCGCUGUCGUACGCGAUUGCACUGCACAAGGUGUAUUCCCAGAACAAAGGAGGAAAGUUUGGCUUGCGGCAAUUUGCAGAGCAGGCAAGUAGUUCCUUUGUCGACGGCCUACCCUCAGGUCUACGACAGCACUUGCAGCAGAUGCUGCAGACAGGGCGCCGGACCGAUGUUCGCUGGGACGUGGUGGUUUGCCAUGCGACGCCAGACGUUUGGCAUGGAGACGGAGCCUUUGGCUGGGGCAAGGUCGAGCCUUGCCCCCCGACCGCGGCGCGCAAAAGCAUCGGACGAGCGAUGUACGAGUCGGAUCGCCUUCCGGAAUCCUGGGUGGCACGAAUCAACGUCAUGGACCAGGUGUGGGUGCCAUCUAAGUUCGCCGUGGAGCAGUUCGCAAAAAGUGGUGUCCCCCGUGAAAAGAUAGCGGUACUACCAGAGGCUGUGGACGUGGAGCUUUUCAACCCCGCCGUGCACGAAGCUUUGGACUUGGAACUUGGAGGUGGCCUAUUUCGCUUCGUCUCGGUCUUCAAGUGGGAAAAGCGAAAAGGUUGGGACAUCCUGCUGCGCGCCUACUUCCAGGAGUUCUCCGAAGCCGACGACGUGGUGCUGGUGAUCAAGACGCAGCCUUUCCACAGCGGCGAUGAUUUCGAGAAGAAGCUCCGCGAGGAGAUUUCUCGAGCCCAGAACCAGGGCCCCCAGGGCCCCCAGGGCCAGGCAGGGAGGAGGCCGGCGCGCUUGAAGCUGCUGGCCAGGGACCUGAAGCUCAAGGAGCUCCCAGGGCUCUAUAAGGCUGCAGAUGCCUUCGUUCUGCCCAGCAGGGGCGAGGGCUGGGGAAGGCCCCACGUGGAGGCCAUGAGCAUGGGCUUGCCUGUGAUCGCCACGAACUGGAGUGGGUCGACAGAGUUCCUCUUGGAGAAUGCUUCCCUCCCUUUGCGGAUCGAUGGACUUGAGCCCGUGGAGAAUGGACCCAAAGGUCACCAGUGGGCCAAGCCCUCUGAAGCUCAUCUUCGAGAGCUGAUGCGCUGGGCUGCGGAGCACAGGGCUGAGGCGAGGAGCCUGGGCGAGGCUGCUCGCAGGUUGAUGCUGGAGCGUUUCAGCCCCAAGGCCGUCGUUGAGAAGCAUCUGCUGCCCUUGCUCCAAAGGUCUUCAGGAGCUCGUGCCCAGCGAGAUUCCGAACUGACGGCAAACAAACCUGCGGAGGAACUUCGUCGAAGACAGCCUCAUCCGCCUAGGGCCCCAUACUUUCUCGUCCCGGCUGCUGCAGGACUCAAGCUGAAAAGGCCACUGCUCAGAUGGCCUGCAGAGUUCUGGAAGAAGUCGUCACACUCCACGCGACGAGCGGCGCACAGCAAGGAGUCCACCAAUUCGCAAGGCUCGGAUGAGCCAGACGGAUUUUACCAUCUCACGGUUGGCACGAAGAGGCUACUUGUCGGCUUCUUCUGCGUGUGGGGCCUCGCGGCCAAGGAGGUAUUUGAAACACCAGUGGGCAUGCGGCAGGCAGCACGUGGUGAAGAGGAGGUGGAGGCAGCUGAGAUGGCUGAGGUAGAGGUGCUGAGGACAGAGUUGCUGCAGAUGAAAGUCUCGAGCGCAGGGACCUUUGAUGACGUUGAGGAGACAACCUUGCUCCAGGCAGACGCCAAGGCCUCCGUUGUGAUUGAUGACCUGGCCGACUUCCCAACCAUGCUCGUCCAGACUGACAUGGAGUUGGCCACGAAUCAAGCCUGA